ACUCUUUCGUUUGCUUUGCUCUCUUCCCAACAAAUUUCUUCGCCUUUCGGCUUCCGACGGUUCGUCACUUCGUCGUCUCCACCCACCUCGCCGCCGUCUCACGCAACGCUAACGCCGGAGACCAGUGCGAGCCAAGGUCCCAUGGGGCGGGAGGAGGAGGAGUCCCCAAUGGGCUCGGCCCAGCGCCGGCUGCGCGCCGUCUCCGCCCACCUCCCGCCGCCGGAGCCCGCCUCCGCCGCCGGCGUUGACCUCGCCGCCAACCCCACCGCCGGCGAGUACGCGAACGUGCAGGGCUACAGUGCUGUACUCCCCGAGAAGUUACAAACUGGAAAGUGGAAUGUAUACCGGUCUGCGAAGGCACCUCUAAGGUUAAUAGAUAGAUUCCCUGAUAACCCAGACAUUGCAACGCUUCAUGAUAAUUUCGUGUAUGCAGUUGAGACCUUUAGGGACUGUAGAUACCUGGGCACAAGAGUCUGCGCUGAUGGAACAGUUGGGGACUACAAAUGGAUGACAUAUGGAGAAGCUAGUACAAACAGGACUGCAAUAGGUUCUGGUCUUAUUUAUCAUGGAAUACCUCAAGGUGCAUGCAUUGGUUUGUAUUUUAUAAACAGACCUGAGUGGACCAUAGUUGAUCAUGCCUGUGCGGCAUAUUCAUAUGUAUCCGUGCCACUUUAUGAUACUCUAGGUCCAGACGCAGUCCAGUUCAUUGUUAACCAUGCUACAGUAGAGGCUAUUUUCUGUGUGCCUCAAACACUAAGCACUCUGUUAAGCUUCAUAACUCAAAUGCCAUGUGUUCGUGUUAUAGUGGUAAUUGAUGGAGACAAUGCAAAUAUGGCAUCUUCCUCAACAACUACUGGAGUGAAAAUUAUAACUUACUCCAGACUACUAAGCCAGGGAAAGAUGAGUUCUCAAUCUUUUCGCCCUCCAAAACCUGAAGAUGUUGCCACUAUUUGUUACACUAGUGGUACAACUGGCACACCGAAGGGAGUUGUUCUUUCUCAUGGGAAUUUAAUUGCAAAUGUAGCAGGAUCAAGCCUAGUCAUUAAGUUUUACCCAUCUGAUGUGUAUAUCUCAUAUCUACCUUUAGCUCACAUCUAUGAGAGAGUUAACCAGAUUGCAGUGCUUCACUAUGGUGUUGCCAUUGGAUUCUACCAAGGGGAUAAUUUGAAGCUGAUGGAUGAUCUGGCUGUAUUGAGACCAACAGUAUUUCCUAGUGUGCCCCGGCUAUAUAACAGAAUUUAUGCUGCAAUUACAAAUGCUGUCAAGGAGUCAGGUGGGCUGAAAGAAAAAUUGUUUCAUGCUGCAUACAAUGCUAAGAAGCAAGCAAUUAUUAACGGGAAAAAUCCAUCCCCAAUGUGGGACAAGUUGGUAUUUAACAAAAUAAAAGCUAGGCUUGGUGGACGUGUGAGACUUAUGACUUCAGGCGCUUCUCCAUUGUCAGCAGAUGUUAUGGAAUUCCUAAGAAUAUGCUUCAGCGGUGAUGUUCUCGAAGGAUAUGGAAUGACAGAGACAUCCUGUAUCAUCACUGCAAUGAAUUCUGGUGAUAGGUUAAUUGGUCAUGUUGGAUCCCCAAAUCCAUCCUGUGAGAUUAAACUAGUGGAUGUCCCAGAAAUGAAUUACACCUCUGAGGAUCAACCAUAUCCUCGUGGAGAAAUUUGUGUUAGGGGACCUACAAUAUUCUGUGGUUACUAUAAAGACGAAAUCCAAACUAGAGAGGCCAUUGACGAGGAUGGUUGGUUGCACACUGGAGACAUAGGUUUGUGGCUGCCUGGGGGGCGUCUAAAAAUUAUAGAUAGGAAAAAGAACAUUUUCAAGUUAGCUCAAGGAGAAUACAUAGCUCCUGAGAAGAUUGAGAAUGUCUAUGCUAAGUGCAAGUUUAUUGCACAGUGCUUUAUAUAUGGUGAUAGUUUAAAUUCAUGUUUGGUUGCCAUAGUAGCAGUUGAACCAGAGGUGUUGACAGCUUGGGCUGCAUCAGAAGGAAUCCAGUACGAGGAUUUAAGACAGCUUUGUGCUGAUCCGAGAGCAAGAGCUGCUGUCCUGGCUGACAUGGACUCUAUUGGAAAGGAGGCACAGCUAAGAGGUUUUGAAUUUGCCAAAGCUGUUACCCUUGUUGCUGAACCUUUCACGUUAGAAAAUGGUCUCCUCACCCCUACAUUCAAGGUCAAAAGACCACAAGCUAAGGCAUACUUUGUAAAAGAAAUAGCAGAUAUGUAUUCUCAACUGCGUGAAGCAGAAUCAAUAAAGCCCAAGCUGUAACUGCCUGAGUAACGAUCAGAAUAAAAAUUUGUAGCAACAAGCUACAAAUCACUGGCUUGGUAUAGGGCAGGCAAUUCUGAACAAACUCUGGUGUAUAUGUUCCAUGAAUUGCUUGAUGAUAAUCAUCUAAUAGGAUGGUCUUCAGGUAAAUAGAAAGGGAAAAAAAGAUGUAGACAUGUCAUAUGAAUAUAUUGAAUUUGACCUUACUGUCAUAGAAAUAGAAACUAUGGAAUUCCAUCCCUCUUGUGUGCCAGAAUCCUGCUGUGAGGCAUGCUGUCAACCACUUGCCAAGCAAUAUACUUGCAUAGCUGUUAUAUAUGCGUUUAUUUCA